AUGACUCCUGACAUGAAUAGCAGUGAACUGAACGGCAGUGACAUAAAUGGCUGUGACAUGCAGGGGGAAAACACGAGCAUGACAUUGGACGAAUUUCUGGAGAAAUAUUGGGGACGCCGCCGCUCACCUAUGUUGCUUCCCAUCUUUAUCAUAUACUUAAUUAUAUUUGUAGUUGGGGUGUUUGGCAACAUCCUCACUUGCACUGUCAUCGCAAGGAACAAAGUGAUGUGGACGCCAACCAAUUACUACCUGUUCAGCCUUGCUGUGUCAGACCUGCUAGUGCUACUGCUGGGCAUGCCAUUGGAACUGUACGACUUGUGGCAGAAUUACCCAUUCUUGUUUGGGUUAGGGGGCUGCUACUUUAAGACUUUUCUAUUAGAGACGGUCUGCUUGGCAUCCAUUCUCAAUGUGACAUCACUAAGCGUGGAGCGCUACAUCGCUGUGGUACACCCGCUGCGUGCAAAAUACGUAGUGACGCGCACCCACGCCAAGCGGGUCAUUCUCACCGUGUGGGGUGUGUCAGUGUUGUGCGCUCUCCCCAACACAAGUCUACAUGGGAUUGACUACCUUAGUUGUAACUCCAGUGAUGGGCAACAGAAUGUGGAGAUCCCUGACUCAGUCAUUUGUACGGUGGUGAAGCCUAAGUGGAUAUACAACCUUAUCAUUCAACUGACCACCUGGCUAUUUUUCUUCCUGCCCAUGCUCAUCAUUAGUGUCCUAUACACACUCAUUGGUCUCCAGCUAAAACGGGAGAGAAUGCACCAGGCACUAGAAGCAAACGCAGGCGGCGGUCAGGACAGCUUCUGUAGUGUCCGCACUCAACAACAAAAGGCUCGACGACGGCAGGUCACCAAGAUGCUGUUUGUUUUAGUGGUGGUUUUUGGGAUCUGCUGGGCCCCGUUUCACACCGACCGCCUCGUGUGGAGUUUCAUCACUGACUGGACCAACAAUCUACAGCAGGCCUUCGAGUAUGUUCAUAUCCUAUCUGGAGUGUUCUUUUACCUUAGUUCCGCAGUCAACCCAAUCUUAUACAAUCUUAUGUCCACACGUUUUCGAGAAAUGUUCACGGAUGUCAUGUGUCACCGCUCGCACGCCACCCCUCGAAAGUACUCUUUAAGUGUCACUCGAGUAACACUCCGUAGUACCAUAAAUGAAGCUCCACUCAGCAUUGGAGCCAAUGCUGCAGAAGAUGGUGGAGAGCAGGCAGUAAAAGAAGAGACCACUGUCACGUUUUAA